AUUGCGGGCUCAGCGUAGUGAGGAGAGCCGCUCAGAUCAGAAGUCGUCUUCGUUCAUCAACACUACGAGCUCUGUUCCGCUAAGCAAAUAUUCACUUUCCUGUCUGAAAUGAAAUGCAAAGCUUUGAGUAAUCAAGUUUUAUUCAGGGUAUGUUUUUUCAGUGUUCUCAUCGUAGGAACCUUUGCAUUUUGUGGUGUCAAAGAUGACGGUGGUUGCUUGUUGCCUUUCCCGCGUGGUUAUGUCGCCUACAAGUUGAGAGAUCACGAGGUCAUUCGCGUAGAUGGACGGCUGGACGAAGACGAAUGGAAAGACGUCCAAUGGACAGAAGACUUUCUUGAUAUCCAAGGCAAAGACUGGCCCAGGCCACGUUUCAUUACCAAGGUGAAGAUGCGCUGGGACUCCUUAUAUCUUUACAUUGGGGCAUACCUACAGGAACCUGAUGUAUGGGCAAAUCAAACAAAACAUGACUCAGUUGUUUUUCAAGAUAAUGACUUUGAGGUAUUCAUCAACCCUGAUGGCAGUACUCAUUGGUAUAAAGAGUUUGAAAUUAAUGCAAUUAACACCACUUGGGACUUAGAGCUCAAUAAGCCUUACUUGAAUGGAGGUACUGCCAAUAGUAGCUGGGAAAUGCCGACUAUGAAAAGUGCUAUAUAUGUAGAUGGACCUGUCAAUGAUCCCAGCAAAAAAGAUGUCUAUUGGACGGUUGAGUUGGCUCUCCCAUUCAAAGACCUUGUUGUUGAUAACCAUGGUGUGACAGCUCCACCCAAAAAUGCUGAUCAGUGGAGAAUCAAUUUCAGCAGGGUAGAAUGGCAUGUGCAUGUUGUUGAUGGGCAUUAUGAAAAGGUUGCAGGGUUACCAGAGGAUAAUUGGGUGUGGUCCCCACAAUAUUCUAUCAAUAUGCAUCUCCCUGAAAGGUGGGGAUUUUUACAAUUCAGCACAGAUCCUGUGAAUACAACAAAAUUCUUACCUACAGUAAAUUGGCCAGUGCUUUCAUCAUUAAUAAUGGUUUAUGAUGCAGAAAAGAAAUUCUUUGCAGUCAAUGGUUACUUUACAUCGAAUGUUACACAACUUGAGCUCCCUUCUUCUCUUGUGAGUGGUGGCUGCCAUGUGAAACUAUCUGUAGAUGUUCUCAAUCACUACAACUUCCAAGCGUCUGUUGUCCCAAAGGACCCUGAAUUGAAGACAGGACAUGUGAAAGAUGACAGGCUAAUAUGGUUCACUUAGAAUGGCCAGUCGUUUACCUUGAAAGAUUUUACUGGCUUCUCUGUCUCAUUUGAAGUAUGUGGAAAAGAGUUGCGAGGCAGGCAUCUCGUCCACUAGAGCAUUCUCUCUUCCAUGGCUUCCUCGGGUCUUUAAAAAAAAUUUGAAAUUUUAUUUUGUGAAAGACUAUGAAAAUUGAAAUGCCCGGCAAAAACCUAAACCAGUGCAUCUAAUUUUAGGUGUCUGUUGGGGGAAGGUAGUUGCAUUACAUCCUCUGUAGUCACCUAGCUAAUUUCUUCUAACACUAACUUGACUUUGGCAUCUUGGGGGUUGCUUGACUUGAUGGCCUGCAGAUAAAUAACAUUGGUAUAGUGGGUAUGUGUUGGGUGGAAGUUGUUGUUUUCAACCAACGCAAAAGAAACACAAAAUGGAAACAGCCUCUCAAAAUUUAUUAAUCUGGGGAAAAGUUUGAUUAUGCUUUGAUUAUAUUUUAUUGUUACUGACCUCAAGAGUCACUAAAAUGUUUUAUUGUCUGUUAAAAGGAAGAUAAUUCUUCCUUUUGAUUCGUCCUUCACUGAUUAAACAAAAUGUAUACAUAAAUACAUAUAAAAACAAGACAGCAUCACUAUAUGUAAUUUUUCACAUAUAAAUGAGGUCUUGUAUCUUUUCUGGUAAAAAAAAGUUAUUAAAAAGUUGACUUUCUUGAA